UGUUAGCUGAUAGUCAAUGUCAAUCUUUAUGCAAGAAAAUAAGAUCAACUUUAAAAAUCACCUAUGACAUAAGAUGCUGGAUGUGUUUUUAGUAUGCGUUAAGCAUAUUCAGUGUUUAUUUCAACUGGAAUUAAUUGAAAUCUUGUUAAGAAUUUGUAAUUUGGGAUGUUCUCUGGUGCUACUAGGGGAUUUUCCUGAAAUCCUGUCUGUUAAGAAGAAUAGUACGACUCUGCAUUUGUUGCAGAAUGAGGACCUUCAGAAUCAUUGUGUAGGAAAGUCUUAUAUUACAAUCUCAUUUUGGCAAUCUUGGCUACAAGGAGUGAUUGUUGUUGUUCUCAUUGGCUUCUUUUGGGUGCAUUUAGUAGGGGGUAUUUGACACUUCUUCAGGAAAAUCGAUUUAUUUUCCAAGAGUGUAAAAUUGAAAGAAGAAAUUCAUAAGUCUCAUGUGCUAGUGCGUUCUUUGCUUUGUUCGCUUGAAUGGUUCUUAGUUUACGAAACUUGUUACAAUAGUUUCCAACAAUAAUAGGUAAAGUUUUAGACAUUUAUUACUUGAUUUUAUGAUUUUUAAUACAGUGAGAGAGAUGUUUGUAACAUUUCUUCGCCAUUCUCUGCACAAUACAUGCACCUUUGACACUUGUAUUGAGCAUCAAAUCACUAGUAUGAUUUUUUUUUCUUUUUCAUAUUCUUGAAGCUGUUGGGUACAAUUAGUUUAUAAACAUGUUGCAAGAAUGACCCUUGUUACUCCGUUCUUUGCUUUCUUUUUGUUGAGUAAUGCUAAAAAUUGGAUACCUUGAAUGACAUCGGUUUUUUGGUAGGAAUUCCUAAGUAUAUAAUAAAGUUGAAUAUAUAUAUAUGUGUGUCUGUGUGUGUUUGUUGAACAUGAGCACGUAUUAGUGGUUGGUACCAAGUCCUGGCCACGUAGAUAUGACAUUGGAAAAGUCCUUGGAUGCAACCUCUUUCCUUUUAUGUUUUACUCCAUGUUCCAAAACUACCCCGUAACGGACACUCGAAAUCAGUUGCCAGGUUGUUUCAUGGCCUUGUGGAAGUUGGCGUCCUUCCUAUGUGGUUUUUACAUUUGUUUCGCAUGAUUAGAUACUCUCCGUGGUUAUUUAUGACUGCUAUAAAUGUGGAUUAUUAUUGCGGACGAGGCCUCUUUAAAGUUGUAUCAGCAUGGAUUUUUUAUGGUAACUUUUUCCAUUUUAUGCUUUUUGUGGCUUAUUGGUUUUUAUUAGAAUGUCAUUUACAGAAGGAUUUGUAUUUGAUGUAUGGAAAGUUUAUAAACUCUAUACACUGUCACCGAACUACAGGUUGCUGCAUUUGUCCCUAUGUUGGACAGAACUAAUUUAUUAAUUAGUAAAGCUUAACUAAAAAGCACACCCUAAUUAUAUUGCCUUAGAAAUUGAAAUUUAUAGAUUUUUACAUCUUAAGAAUCUUAAAGUUUUAGUGCUCAUUAAUGAUGUGGUUUAUAUACUGUCUGACCAUUCAUUAAUUGGUAUUAAUCCCUAUGACCUUUUUCUUUGCCCUGAAAAAGGCUAUAAAAUGGGGUGAGAGCAGGGCCUUCAUCUACAUCAUUGUCUCCUUAAGCUUUCCAGUUUUUGUCUUUUCUUGAAAAGAGUUCAAUCUUGUGUCUUUCUUAGCUUUUACCAUGAAUUCCCCUGUGGCUAGAGAAGAUGAAGAGAAGCAGGCGGGUACCAGACCAUGCGCCUGCUACAACAAAGUAAUCAACAAAUAUAGGGCUCUAGGUGGCCACCGCAAGAUUAAUCAGGAGGGUAAGACAUUAGGGACCUUGAAUUAUAUUGGUUCUUCAAGUAAGUCCACAGACACUAGCAGGAGUGCCCCUGCAUCCCUACCAAACAGCCAGCAAAACUCCUCGCCUCGUGUGAACAACCUAACCCCGUUCACUAGAACAUCUCCUUCAUUUGAGCCCUCUAGGGUGUUCGGCUCAAAUGAAACAAACCAUGCAAGCAUGACUGGGUUCACCGGUGGCAACCCCGGAGUUGCCCAAACUCAGAUUUCUAUGUUUCCAAACUAUUCAUAUGGUUCUGGUUGUGCUUGUCGCCAUGGUAGUUUGGCUUCAGGGGGAUUUGCUCCAACUGGUCCCCAUGCAGCCAUGUCUUCUGCUGCGUUUGCUCUGUCUAGCAUUGUUGUAACCACUGGCUCUCAAAUAGAUACUUCAUUACAUUUGGGCCCAAAUGAAGUUUGUCAGUUUAAUACCGAUGAAUUUCAGAUUAGCCGCGAUGGUUUACCACCUACACGUGGAGAUGCCUUGCGGAACAUACAAGGUCUUGGUCCUCCUCCAAGCUCAACCCCGGACAAAGCCGGUCAGAAUGACAGUAGAAGUUUGGUUACGUGCAAACAAGGUAAGAGGCCCUACUUCGCUGAUGAAUCUGGGAAGCCUGAUGUAACAAAUGCGUCGAAAAAACCUAAGAUUUCACCUGGUGCUCAUAUGGAAUCUGAGAAUCUUGUGAAAAAAAUGCUACCUCUUUUUGUGGAUGUUGAUGAUUCAAUUCCUGCACCGAAAGCCUUAUUUGAAGCCGAGGAAUGUCCAGAAGAUGUAGAUUUGUCUCUGCAUCUGUAAGCUUGUUUUUCUCUCUGAAAUAAAUAAAUAAAUAAUAGUACAACUGUAGAAGAAUAAAGGAAUGGUUUCUCUUGCCUUCCUCACACCUGAAUCGAAAUGAAGAAAGAGUUGUAGUUCAACUAUGUACCG